ACAAAAAUAAUGAUAAUAAUAAUUGCAACCACCAAAAGAGGGCGACAUUCCUUCAAGGAGUUUUUGUUCCCCCUUGGUUAUGACAUAGGGAGAUGAAUUUGUGGUCUAUUUAGUUCAGACAAUCGGAUCACAUUGAUAAUUGAGGUCAAGUUUGGUGAAAUUGAGAAGGGGUUGUUGAUUUUUAUUGGAUUGUUUCAUGGUUAUCGAAGAGUUGGUCUCGAGGCAAGUUGCAUUGCAUUUGAAUUGAUCUGUUCUUGCAAUUUUCCAAUCUGGGUCACAGAAUUCAAGCGCAUUGAUUGUAGAUGUAAGUUUAAUGCAAUUUGAUUAGUAGGUCAAUUCUCAAUUUGAUAGUGUGUCUAGAGGCAAAGUGAGGAAGUUUGGAGUAUUGGGUUGUUGGUUUUUCUGGUGGAUUUCUUGAUUCAGAGAUUGAUUCACAAUCUUGUACUUUAAAUGGGAUUUGGUUUGUUUACCUUGUUUUUGAAUUGCAAUAGUAUGUGUAAGAGCAACAAAUAAAUAGCUUUUGAUACAAUCAUUGGAGAAAGAAUUUCUGGGUUUUUUAGUGAAUGAGAGGUAGAAGGAAAUGAGACUUGAAGGAGCUGAAGUUGUAUUUGAGAUACAAUGACUGGAGGGUCAUUGGGUCUACGGUCAGGAAGUUAUGGGUCACUGCAGUUGCACAGCUUUAACGGUUUUGGUGGAGGAGGAUUGGUGCAAGGAAAAUCUUCAGUUAUUGUGCGAAAGUCUCCUGGAAAGAUGCUUGUUUCAGGAAAGGACAGGCCUCUGUCCUUUGUUCGGUGCCGCUACCUAGGCUGCCGGAAGGUUUCUAUGCUGCUUCUUGUUAUCCUUGCUGUUCUGGUUUUUGUCUUGGGUUCGUUUACAGUUAAUAAAGAAAGCAAUAGGUCAAAUCUUGGUCAACAGAUGGAAUCUUUGGUUCCUUUUGGCAAUGGCGUAGCUCGUGAUCAUGUUGUUUAUAGAUCACAUGGAGCAAAAGGAGAUCAAGACAAUAGAAAUUUUUCUGUUGAGAACAGCUUCAGGGGAAGAGAUGAAAAAGGAGCCCAGCAUCCUCCUCCACCUUUUGUUUCUAGAGGUGCAGCUGUUUUUCCAUCAGAACAUCCAUGCAAAAAUUUUGCAUUACCUCCUCCCCCUCCACCAGCUCUUAGGCGGAGGGGACCACGCCCUUGUCCUGUAUGUUACCUCCCAGUAGAGCAGGCUAUAGCUAGCAUGCCAAGCUCCCCAUCAACAUCUCCUGUUCUUCAGAAUCUAGCAUAUGUUCAUGACGAAAAUCCAAUAAAAAUGGAACCACAUGGGGGCUCUGACUUUGGUGGAUAUCCAUCUCUGCAGCAGAGAAAUGAUUCUUUUGUCAUAAAAGAAUCCAUGAGGGUGCACUGUGGAUUUGUCAAAGGAAGUAGGCCUGGUCACCAAACUGGAUUUGAUAUUGAUGAAGCUGUACUCACUGAGUUAGAGCAGUUUUAUGACAUCAUUGUUGCAUCAGCAAUAUUUGGGAACUAUGACAUAAUACAGCAGCCUAAGAAUAUUAGUGAAGUAGCAAGGAAGAACAUUCCCUUCUUCAUGUUUAUCGAUGAAGAGACAGAAGCAUAUAUGAGGAACUCUAGUGCCUUGGACAGCAGCAUGAGGGUGGGACUCUGGAGAAUCAUUGUUGUCCAUAAUGUUCCUUAUAGUGAUGCAAGACGUAAUGGAAAGGUGCCAAAACUUUUAUUGCAUAGAUUAUUUCCAAAUGUUCAUUAUUCUAUAUGGAUUGAUGGAAAGCUCCAGCUUGUUGUGGAUCCAUACCAAAUUCUUGAGAGGUUCCUGUGGCGCCAAAAUGCUAAUUUUGCAAUUUCAAGGCACUAUAGACGCUUUGAUGUCUUUGUAGAGGCUGAAGCUAAUAAAGCUGCUGGAAAGUAUGAUAAUGCCUCAAUUGAUUACCAGAUUGAAUUUUAUAAGAAAGAGGGUUUAACACCAUACUCUGAGGCUAAGCUUCCCAUAACCAGUGAUGUUCCUGAAGGUUGUGUUAUCAUUAGGGAACAUAUUCCCAUAACAAAUCUAUUCACCUGCUUGUGGUUCAAUGAAGUUGAUCGUUUUACUUCCAGGGAUCAGUUAAGCUUUUCCAUAGUGAGGGAUAAAAUAAUGGCAAAAGUUGAUUGGAGCAUUAAUAUGUUCAUGGACUGUGAAAGACGUAACUUUGUCAUACAGGCUUACCAUAGAGAUCUAUUGGAGCAAAUGGCUCCACCUCCACCCGUUGCUGCUGGGACUCAGCAUUCACAAGCUUUGUCCAAUAUUCAUGCAGCUGGAAAGACUCCGGGGAGGAGGACUCCUCCUAGGCAUGGGAGAGACAGGAGAUCUGGUUCAAGGCGACACCGUAAAGCUGCUGCUGGCAAUAGGGAAAACACUGCAAUUUUAAAUGUUUUCUGACUAAAAAGGGAAAGCAAAAUGGUAUCCUUUUCUUCUCACUGCCACUCGAAUCUAAUUGUAAUCUCACGGGCUAGGACGGUUAAUCAGGUCAGUUUAGGAUGAUAUAAGAGUAAAACAGCUCUUAUUUUUGCCUUCAAAUUUUGAAAUCCAUUGUUUUAUUGAUAUACACCAUCCUUCAUGAGUUUCAUUUGAGCCAUUGUUUACCUUUAUAUAUAUAUAUAUAUAUCUUGCAUCCGACUUUCUUGUUUGUUUAUAGCUUGCUUUAAUUAAGGUUCUGAAUACAA